GCUUAGGUCAAAACGUUAUCUCUAUUUUAUGACGUAUUAAUAAUGUUGACUGAUAUAUUUUGUUAUUAUUUAGUCUAGAUUCGGUUGUUAGUCAGAAAUUAAAUUUACUUAGGACCAAAUACAAUUAAAAAAUCAUGUCCAUGAUGAGAUACUCAAUUUUAAUUUUUGCUAUAGUUUUUGCGUAUACAGAUGCUUGGGUUGCAAUGUCAAAGUCCGAUCCAAAUACUGAGCACCUAGGCGAUUGUUACACAGACCAUAACAACAUUGGAGCAAUGAUGAAAGGAGAAACAAGAAGGCUUGAAGGACAAUGUGCCGAGGCAUCUUGUGGAAGUAACAGAUAUAUCAACUUAGUGGGAUGCGGAUCUGUCGGAGCAGUCCCCCCUUGUAAAGUAGUUGAUGGCGAUCUAACAAAGCCUUUCCCAGAAUGUUGCGAGCAAGUAGAAUGUCCAAAGAUUAAAUCCAAAUUGGUAGACGAAGGUGGUUUAAUUUCCAAAAGCAAUCUAUACUAUACAGAAAUGAACAAUAAUGAUCUAGAAACCAAGGAAGAAUCUAAACAAUCUGAGAACACUAACACAUUGUAAAUAUAUAUCGUGAAAUACUAAAAAAAAAUAUUUAAUUAUUUUAAUUUUAUUGUGAAUAAAACAAAUUAAUAUUUUGAAUUAGUUAUGUUAUAAGUCCAUUGCAAGAUAAUCUAGAAAGUGUAAUGGUCUGGCAAUCUCUUGAAACGUUCUCCAACAUGCUGAUCAGAGCCGGCUUAGGUUAAGUAUUAUUUUUUCAAAUGUUAAAGAUAAUUUUUAAAAUUUGAUUUCUACAAAUAUCCUUUUGCGGUCUACAUUGCAUUGAACAAAAUAUAACACGCUAAAUAACAAGGUUUUAUUAUCAAACACAACAUGUCCAACUAAAAAAUAUAUUGAAAAUUGAAACUGACUAAAAUUAUUAAGUAUUAAUUUAAAAAGAAUAUGUUUCACCAGAUUUAUUUUGUGGAAAUGUAGGUAAAUGAUUUUAAAAACGUCUAUAUUUCUAAAUCACUUUUACAGUCACUAAUUUCAUGUUCUGAAAUAAUAUCACCAGCAUCAUCAGUAUCAUCCAAAUUUAUUUCAAUUUUUUAAAUUGUAUUGUUAAAUCCCAUAUAUAUUUCUCUUCGAUCUUUUAACACGUUGAAUAGCGUUUUUUCAGUUUUCAACAGUUAUACAGUUAAAUGCAUUUCUUACUACAUCAAUUACAGAAGAAGUGGACUUAGGAGAAGAGUUAUUUGCUCGAGAACAAUUUUUUAACUGUGACCAUAAUUCUAUGGGGUUUGAAAUACAGUGGUAGGGUGGUAAACGUAAAACUUUGAAUCUAUGUUUUGUUGCUAUGGUGUCGAUAACACAUUCAGGUUGAAAAUCAACUAAGUGUAAAAGUUCUAUCAACUGAUUUUUAGUGUAGUUUUCUUCAAAAAAUAUAUCAUUCUCUAUCAGAAAGUCCUGAGUCACUAAUUUUGUAGAAUUGGUAUUUGGUUUUUUCGUACCAACCGAGAAUGGUAAAGGGCAUUAUCUAAAACUAUUACGCUAUUUUCAUUUAGUUUUAGUAGUAAUGUAAUCUCAAACCAUUUUUCAAAAAGAGUACUUUCUAUGUCCUGGUGGUAGUCCAAACUACUAUCCCGUACAUCUUUUACAGACAGGAAGAGAGCUCCUUCUACGCAACCUGUUUCUCUACCACAAUUUAAGAUACCUAUUCUUUUUCCUUAAGAUGGAGGAGUGUCUACAUUACAUUUUACACUUUCAUCAGUCCAUCAUUUUUUUAUGAUGUCGUGAGUGUUGAAUCAGGUUUUAUCUAAAAAAUGAAUGUUUCUGCCCUCUCGUGAAUACUUUGUAAUUAUAUCGAGAUAUUCUAUUUUCUAUUUAACUAAACGACUGGAUUCCAUAAUUGUUUGUAUUUUAUUAAUGGUUUUAAAGUUAAUCUCCAUAAUGUCGUUUUAUGUCAGUCUUCUAUUACCGUAUUCAAAGUAGGAAAAUUAUUUACAGAGAACAUUUCAUAAAUUGUUCUCCUAAUCGGUUAUAAAAGAAACUGUGGGAUGGAACGAGAGGAACCAGAAUCUUCUCGCACCUUCCUAGGUGGUGUCCCUUCUUGUAAAAUUUUGUAUACAGUUUACUGUGGUACUUUUGUCAAAAAAGCAGUUUCUUUUAGGGCUUCGGAGGAAGAAAAUUAAUUUUUUAGACCUGUAAAUAAGACUUAGUGUUAAAAUCCAAUAUAUUUAGAAAAUUAACAUUUAUAUAGAUUGUUGUUUUCGAAUUUCCACCUUGCGGUCUCGUAUCUUUGCCGCUCGCGCGUCAUAUUGGUAAAAUUGCCCCCAAAAACAGUAUUUUGAAAAUAUUACCUAUUAACCUAGGGAAAAAUUCUUACAAUUUAUGUGUUUACCUCUUUCUUGCAAAAUGAAUAGUUUUAACGCAAGAGCGCCCCAAAGUUUACUACCGAGUAUAUCUCGUCCAAAUUAAACAAUUGUUUAUGAUUAAAAACUGUAAUAAAAAGAUAAAGAUUUCAGUAAUUUUAUUUUCUGAAUUUGUUUUAGUAAAAAUUAAAAUAUUUUCACUUUUCACUAAAAACUGCGUUUUAAGUAGUUUUUCAAUAAUAAUUUGAAUAAUUCGCAUUCAAAAUUCGCGACAAUUCACUAUUACGAAAUUUUCACAUUCUCCUUGGCUUCGUCUUUAAGAAAAAUGAAAAACAUAAUAUUUUUUUUGCAAAAGCGACUUUAAAUUAAAAUAAAUCAAAAAAAGUAAAAGAAUAAAAGUUGUUUUAAAUUUAAUUUUAAG